UACGUUACGUUAUUCCACUUUCUGUUAAUUGUGAGAAGUACCUACAGUAUGUAUAAAUACAUUAUUUUCUUCUCAGUUUUAAUUCAAACUCUAUGCUUCAUUGUGUAGUUAUACUAUUCUUGAUAACCAGGAUCUUUGAUUGAUUUUGGUGGACUGGUAUUAUUUUCGUCUCGGUUUUUGUUAUAAUUAAGCCACAGAAUUUUUAAUAUGUAACCGCAGACUCCACCUGCCAAGCAUACAUAAUUAGUUUUGUUGAGCAAUUUGUUGAGGUGAAGAAUCACACUAUGAUGCCUCGGGCUUCGAUUAUUAAAAAUCCUGGUAAAAAUUAAACCGUUUAGCUAACAUAAUGUUACCUGUACGUUCAUCGCAUCAGUCAGUAUGUUCAAAAAUGAUCGAAAGGUAUUGUCAAAUUCACUAUGCGUGUUUUCCCCCGCGAUAACUUUAUCUAAACAUCCGCCAUAACAUUAUCACGAAUAAAGUUACCAGUAAUUAAUUUCGGCAAGAUCAAAAGGAUGUUUAUUUACUGGAGAUCCCCUUUAAUUCUUACAUUUAUAAACCUGCUCUGGGCUUACUUGAUGAUAAUCCAGUUUUUAUCUUUUAUUUUAUUUACCUUUUUUUUCAUUUUUAAGCGUUAAGAAAUGGUCCGCUUAAAGGUUUUCAUCAUCAUGAAAGUGGUUCUGCUCACUCAGAUGUCUUCUGAAGUAGCAACUAGCCAAUGUGAGAGCUUGUAUUCCAUCUAUGGUAUGAUGCUGAGGGGACAUGUCUUCAAGACGAUUAAGACUUCGAUGUCACUUGAGUGCCUAAAUGCCUGCAACGACGAUCCAAGAUGCCAAAGCUUCAAUUACGUAAUUAUGCAAGACAUUUGUGAGUUAAAUAACUUCACCAAGGAAGCUGGACUUCAGUAUUUCGUUAAGAGCUCGGACAGAUAUUACAUUACGGUAAAAGAUGUCGACGAGUGUAUCCUUGGAACACAUGACUGCCUCGCAAACACUGCUACCUGUACAAAUACAUUUGGGACUUACAGCUGUGCUUGUAACCCUGGAUACGUCGGAGAUGGAAAAACAAAAUGUGAAAUACUAGCGCCAGGUAGAUGCCACGGAUUGACAAAAUUAAAGAAGUAAAACAAUGC